UAAUGAGUAAUUCAAAUUCAUGAUUGCUUUCUUCGCAAUUAACAGCGUCUAGCAAAAGCGGAGAUUCUGCGCAUGUGCUGUACAGCUUUACAACCAACGUACCGCCAGCCCUGGGAACGUGCACAGUCGCUCCGGACACUGGACCGUGAUGGAGACGUUGUUUCAGGUCACGUGUACAGGAUUUUUGGACGUAAACCUGCCUCUUACUUACAACUUUGCAGCUAUUUCUGGCGCUGCUACCCCGAAAAAAGCAUGGGAACAAGGUACAAUGGUCUACUACGGUACUGACAGCACCUCAUCGCCACUGUAUCUGCCUGUUGGAGACCAGGACAGCGACUAUGUGGUCACCAUCGCUGUCCAAGUCACAGACUCUUUUGGAGCAAGUACGGAGACUACAACAAAUGCAAUGGUUUUAGAGAGAGAAGCUAAGGAAAAUGUAUCCACUGUUCUCACCACCACGGAAUCCAUGGUCGAUAGGCUACUGCAGGCCGGUAACAGUCAGGCGGCUGUCCGGCUGCUUACCUCUGUCAGCUCUACACUAGACAGGGACACAGCCGCUGACCAGGAGGACAGGGAACAGCUACGAAAAGCUGCAAUAACCAGUCUGAACCGGAUCCCGAUUCCAACAUUGGACAGUCUGCAACAGACUGCUACCGCCAUGGCUCAGCUUACCGGACAUGACACAGAGCUUUCAAAAGACGCACAGGACAUGGCUGUAUCAAAGCUCACAGAAAUGACAGCAUUUCUACGGGUAAAGGCAGAGGAUGGAACAGCUAGCGGUCAGACAGUGGAGACUGCUGCACAGGCUCUGCUGUCCGGCCUGGCUAAUGUUGUCACAGCAGCUGCCAGGAGAACCUCCACAGUUCAUGACCAUUCCACGCCGAAGGUAUCCCCAUGGUCCUCAGCUGUCAUGAAGCAGUCUCUGCAGACGAUAUCUACCGUCAAACAAGUCGUCCUCGCCACGAAAGUCCCCGGUGAGGCACCCAAGGUACUGACCACCCCAAGCCUCGCUAUCAUGCUGCUGCGCGAGGAAUGCCGGGAUUUCCGUGCGGGCGCGUAUGUGCAGGAGGAUUUUGGGAGUUUGUUCUCAGUCCCAAGUACAGAGGACCUGUUCGGCAACGGCACCGUCCAACCUGACCAGGUCAUUGAUAUGCAUAUGUCACACUUCAGCAAUAACCCGUAUCAGUGGGCUACUAACGUAAGUCUGGAGGACACUGUUGUAUCACUGGAGUUCACAUCUGAAGGACAGAACAUCCCUGUACGGAACAUGUCAAAAGCAGUUGACAUCAUCUUCCCUCGGGACGAUAGCUCCGAUUCCUGGAGCACCAUUCGGAUAUCAGGAGAUGUUACAGAAGUCCAGGAUGUCACAGUAUUCAACACCACCGAUAUGCAUGAAAAUGAAACCUUCCUCCUCUUUCUACGACCAUCGAAUCCAGAUGUAGAACUAACAAUGUACUUGGGUGAGGACCAAUACCCAACAUCAGUCGACUACACCAGCAAGCAAAGCCUGCCUGUUGUGACUAAUUAUACAAUUGAAGUGGCUGGAAACCAAAACAUCACGGCCGACCCUUACUUAUGGCAGCUUGGCAUAUUGAACAGCUCCUCUAUGUACCAUCUUGGCAUCUUCUACAGAGAUAAAGGUGAUCUUGACCUGGAGUUACUGGUGUUCACCAGCAGCUGUAUCUACUUUGAUGAGACAACGUCAGCGUGGCAACGUGAUGGCUGCCAGCUUGGACCACUGACCACGCCUAACCGCACACACUGCAUCUGUGACCACCUGACAUCGUUUGGCUCCACCUUCUUCUCCCUGCCCAAUGACGUGGCCUUAGCAGAUGGCGCUGAAGGUGUUCUUAUCAUCCCAAUUGCUGUGGCCUCCGCAUUUGUGCUGUACAUUGUAGUGGCGUGUUGGGCGUAUCUGAAGGACAAAGGAGAUAAAGUUAUGGUUGAAACAAUGGCAGUGAAAGAGUGUGACCCGUUAGACCAUUACCAGUACGAUGUCAUGGUCGUUACUGGAUUUAGAAGGAAUGCUGGGACCUUAGCAGACAUCAACAUCCGGUUGAUCGGAGACAAUGGAGAAAGUGAACUUCAUACAAUAUCGGCUCCACUGACCAAUAGGAAGGUUUUACAGCGCGGAAGCUUUGACUCCUUCCUCAUCACAACCCAUGAUUGGUUAGGAGAAAUCAAAGAGAUAGCUAUAUGGAUCAACAACACAAGGAAGAGCCAGUCUUGGUAUUUGAGCCGUGUCCUGGUGCGAGACCUACAGACUGACCAGCGAUGGCACUUCAUCUGCAACAGGUGGUUAACGACGGAUCAAGACAGUCAGUUGGAGAUCCAUCUCGCAGUGGCAGAAAAGAAUGAGCUCCGACAGGCUGGACCACUGUUUGUGGCUAAAGCCGUCUUUGGAUUACACGACGAUCACCUCUGGUUCUCCGUUCUAACACGACCAUCAAGAAGCAGCUUUACGAGAGUCCAGCGAGCGACAUGCUGUCUCAUCACCCUGCUGUGUCAAAUGGCUGCCGGCAUCAUUCUCCAAGGAACAGCUGGAGAUUCCAUCAUUGGUGAAUUACAGCUGGUGUGGAAGCAGCUCAUCAUUGGUGUAGAGUCAGGCCUUGUCGCUUUUGCUAUAGGCAUCCUCAUCACAGCUUUCUUCAAGUCCACUGCAAACACUAAGGAAAGAACUGAAGAGUCUCAUUGUUGUGGCAGAAAUGAUGAUGUAGAAAAGAAAGCAAUCAAGUCAAUCUACAGCAAGGACGUGGUUGAUGUGGAAAACAGAGAUGCGGAAAAAGAAGAGGUUGAACUUACCGAUUGGCAUUCUGCAAAAGGCAGUGUUAGCGGUGAUGACUGGCAAAAGAGGAAAAAUGCGAAAACGAAAGAUGGGGCUUCCUGCAGCUGCUGUUGCAGUACAUGCUGCAGACUGUCUUCACGGAGAUGUUCGCAGCUGGUAUGGGUCCUAGCGUUUGCCACCUGUGGUGCAGCGGCAUUUAUCGCCAUUUCUUAUGGGAUCAACUUUGGACAACAAGAGGCUUUGAGCUGGCUGGUAUCCAUUGGAGUCGCCUUUUUACAGGAUCUACUAAUCCUGCAGUUUAUCAAGAUCAUGGUAAUUGCUGUUGUCGUCUCACUGUGUGACAAAAAGUAUGAUGAAGAAAGGUGGGACCCUGUCUUACCUGAACAUCUUGCAGCUGUGGAAUCCUGGACAACUGCAACAUCAGCCCUAUGACCAGGUAAAGACCACACACAGGUGUGCAACAAGGCACCUGGCAGUGCUCUCAUUCAGCAUCAACAUUGCAGAUGAACUGCUAAGAAAUGUGCCAUGUCUUUUGGGGUACAUUUUACAAGACAUACACUAUGUGUAUUUUAUCAAUGAAUGAUAAAUUCUGUUCUCUUGGACAGAUUCUAGAAUCAAACAUACUGCUAACUAACUUUAUAGAUUUGUAUUUCUCAAUGUACACUUUGAUGAUAACCCAGUAACUGUAAAGGUUUCCAAAUGUUUGAGUUUUCUAAAUAAAAAAAUCAACGCUAUAGAAUAGUCCUAUAAUGAACCUGUGUAAAAUUUC